AGUUUUUGGCACUUCCUAAUCCUCACCUUGGUUUUUCUUUCAACCCCCAAAAACAUCGCUGUCCUCCCCUUUUAAUCCUUAAUCCUAUUCCUCCUGUCUUCUAUGCGAGUCUUCAGCUCAUCGGUUUCCUCAAUCCUCCUCCUCUUUUAUUAUCUCCAUCUAGCUUUCCCUGCUUUAGCUUCGAUCACUCUCUGUGUUGCAGUCAAGAAAUAAACAAACAAAUAUAUACAAAAUAACAGAAGCAAUGAUUCAAAGGAGUUCAAGCCUAUACAGAUUGGUUCAAUCCUUACGUUUUGGUUCUUCAUCUCAGCUUGGAUCUUACGCUUGCUACUCGUCACAUGCGACCAGACUGUCUCCUCCUUGUGAUGGCGAAGAUGAGUAUGCUAAUAUGGAUUGGGAUAAUCUUGGAUUUGGUAUGACCCCAACUGAUUACAUGUACAUGGUCAAAUGUUCUAAAGAUGGAAGUUUUGAAACAGGACAACUUACUAGUUAUGGAAAUCUUGAAUUAAGCCCUUCUGCAGGAGUCUUGAAUUAUGGACAGGGGUUGUAUGAAGGCACAAAAGCAUAUAGAAAAGAAGAUGGUCGUUUACUUUUAUUUCGUCCAGAUCAAAAUGCCAUUCGAAUGAAAAUGGGUGCUGAUAGAAUGUGCAUGCCUUGUCCUUCCAUUGAUCAAUUUGUUGAUGCAGUUAAACAAAUUGCUGUGGCUAACAAGCGCUGGGUUCCUCCUCCAGGGAAAGGAACUUUAUAUAUUAGACCUUUGCUAAUUGGAAGUGGACCUAUUUUGGGUUUGGCACCUGCACCUGAAUACACAUUCCUCGUAUAUGCUUCUCCUGUAGGCAAUUAUUUCAAGGAAGGCUUGGCGCCCUUAAACCUAUAUAUUGAGGAAGAGUUUCAUCGCGCCUCUCGUGGAGGAGCUGGAGGUGUCAAGUCCAUCACCAAUUAUGCGCCUGUUCUGAAAGCAAUAGCCAGAGCAAAAAGCAGAGGAUUUUCUGAUGUGUUGUACCUUGAUUCGGUGAAUAAGAAAUACAUAGAAGAAGUUUCUUCUUGUAACAUUUUUCUAGUUAAGGGCAAUGUAAUAUCCACUCCGGCUGCAAAUGGGACUAUUCUACAAGGUGUCACUCGAAGAAGCAUAAUUGAAAUCGCUCGUGAUAAUGGUUAUCAGGUGGAAGAACGAGCUAUUCAGGUGGAUGAAUUGAAGGUGGCCGAUGAAGUAUUUUGCACCGGAACUGCAGUAGGUGUCGCUCCGGUGGGCAAUAUCACAUAUCAGGGUACAAGGGUUGAAUACAAAAUGAGAAAUGGAUCUGUAGCUGAAAAGCUCUACGCCAUUCUUGAAGGGAUUAAAACGGGUGUUAUUGAGGAUAAGAAAGGAUGGAUCACUGAGAUUUAGAAGAUGCCGUAUGUAUGCAGUUUUGGAUGCUAUUGGUACAGCGUGUGCAUCAAUUGGAAAGGCACAAAAUUAUUGCCCAUAACUUCUUACUGUAUAUAUCGGAUGACGUGUAUUUUAUUUGAUCUUAUAAAGGAUGAUGUGUACCUCUCAUCAAUGUUUUCUAUGUAUACUUCUAAUUUUAAAUUCUUGCCCAUAACUCAUGAUUAUCCAGCA